AUGAAGGAUCUCCCUGCACAAAAUAUUUCAUUCACAGACUUCAAACUAAAUGGUUUCUACAGCCUAGGAGAAUGGAGGCCUUUUUUAUUUAUUCCUUUCUUUCUGUUGUUUGUAUUGUCUAUCACAGCUAAUUCUAUUCUUAUAUAUUUAAUCAUAUCUCAUAAGUCUCUGCAUUCACCUAUGUAUGUACUAAUAUGUGUUAUGGCUAUUCUAGACUUGGUGUAUCCUUUAUUUUUUGUCCCUCACAUGCUUUUCAGCUUUUUAUUUAAUUGGAGUGGGAUAUCUUUAGUUGGUUGUUUAAUACAGAUGUUUUGUAUUCAUUUUUUUGGAGCUUUACAAUCUACAUUGCUUUUUUGGAUGGCACUGGACCGUUACUUUGCAAUAUGCAAACCCCUGUAUUAUCAGAAAUACAUGGAAAUCCUCAACUUUCUAAAAUUUGUUGUUGUGCCAGUAAUCAGAAAUGGACUUCUGAUGAUUAUCAUGGUCUCUCUGGCUGGGAAACUAUCAUUUUGUACAAAUAUGAUUGAUCAUUGUUUGUGUGAACACAUGGCAUUGGUUCAGUUAGCAUGUGGAGAUAUAUCUAUAAAUAACAUCAUAGGACUUUUGUCUGCUUUCCUUAUACCAACUACAGAUUUUGUUCUCAUUAGUAUUUCCUAUGUUGUGAUUUUUGCCUCUGUUUUCAAAUCUGGUAAAGGCAAUUUGAAAGCUAUCAAUACCUGCAUUACUCAUAUCAUUGUUAUGACAGUUAGUUUGAUUUCUGCCUUGGUUGCAUUUUUGUCAUAUAGAAUAAGAAAUAAUGUUUCUUUCAGCACCCGUAUAUUUCUGAGCAUCAUAUACUUACUUUUUCCAUGUUGUUUUAACCCGAUAAUCUAUGGAUGGAGAACAAAAGAAAUACGACAGACAUUUCUUAAGUUUAUAAAGAAUGGAAAAAUCUUGCCCUUUUAA